UAUAAUCUCCACUCUAGCUCACAACUGCCUACACACUACACAGGUCUGCCAGAAUGUCGCAGCAACUUCUCUCCCGGGCUCUGGUGUCAAUAAACUGGCUAGCUGGAGCCCUGAGAACAAGUCAACCAGGCCCAGCUCUGCGUGUACUGGAUGCAUCAUUCUACUACCCACCAAUCAGAGAUGGACGCAAGGAGUAUGUGGAAAAGCACAUACCAGGAGCAUUAUAUUUUGACAUAAAUGAAUGUAAGGACCAGACAUCUCCCUAUGAAAUGAUGCUACCCAGUGAAUCUGCCUUUGCCAAAUAUGUGGGCAACCUUGGCAUUAAUAAUGAUACCCAUGUUAUAGUGUAUGAUGCUGAUCAAGUGGGCAUUUACUAUGCUGCAAGGAUCUGGUGGAUGUUUAAGGUCUUCGGUCAUAAAAAGGUAUUUGUUCUGGAUGGAGGAUUCAGAAACUGGGAGAAGGAGGGACAUCCGGUAACAUCUGAAGUGACAAAACCACAACCAGAGAAUUAUAAAGCUGUGCUGAAUUCUUCUCUAGUAAAGAAAUUUGAAGACAUUCAGCAGAAUCUAAACAGCAAAGAGUUCCAGCUGGUUGACUCUCGUUCUGAAGGACGCUACACUGGGACAGAGCCUGAACCAGGAGACGUCAAAAUAUUCCCUGGACACAUACCUGGCUCUUUAAACCUUCCAUUCACCAGUUUUUUGACAGAAGAAGGAUUUGAGAAGUCGCCUGAUGAGAUUCAGCGUCUGUUUCAAGAUAAAGGAAUAGAUCUGGAGAAACCGCUGACAAUUACUUGUCGGCGUGGUGUUACAGCGUGCCAACUGGCCUUAGCUUCCUACAUUCUAGGCAAGGAACAUACUGCCAUUUAUGAUGGGUCAUGGUAUGAAUGGUUCCAUAGGGCCAAGCCAGAACAAAGAAUAAGUGUUUGGAAGAGUGAGAAGUAACAUGUAGUCUAUGUGUCUGGGGUAACAUGGCAGUGUUUUGAUAGCUAAAAGUAGUGUAAAAAGGGGUGGCCAGCUUCAGA